AUGGCUCAAAACAUGGCUCAAAACAUGGCUCAAAACAUGGCUCAAAACGUUGCUCAAAACGUUGCUCAAAACGUUGCUCAAAACGUGGCUCAAAACGUGGCUCAAAACGUUGCUCAAAAUUGGCUCAAAACGUUGCUCAAAAGUGGCUCAAAACAUGGCUCAAAAGUGGCUCAAAACGUUGCUCAAAACGUUGCUCAAAACGUUGCUCACCCUACUUUUGAAAUCCCGUUGGUGAGUUGA